UAGACAGGCCCAGGAAUGACUGCGCGAGGGGGCGGGCGAAGGGAGGGACAUUCUCGUGCCCGCCGCGGAGACCCGGGGGCCGAGCGCGGCCCGAGCGGCGCGUGCGGGAGCGAGCCCCCUCUGCAGGCUGCAGCCCCGGCGCGCGGGGCGAUGUCGGUGACGUUUGAGGAUGUGGCCUUGUAUUUCUCCCCAGCGGAGUGGGCCCUGCUGGGCGAGGAGCAAAGGCAACUUUACAGACACAUCAUGUGGGAAAAUUACCAGAUUCUGGUCUCAUUAGGAAUCAAAACCCCCAAGCCAGUGGUGAUCUCCAGCAUAGAACGAGGGGAAGAUCUAUGUGUGCAGGGUCUCACAGAAGAUGAAGAUGGGGACAUUCUGAGACGUACCCACCCAGAUUUUCCAGAUGCAGAAGAGACCUGGGACUGGUCAGCAAUUGAGAGCUCCUUGGGCUUCUUCCUCACACAGAGCUCUUCCCCUGGAGCAGCAGGGGCAAGGACCCUGAGCAGAGCUGAGGGGCAGACUCCUGAGGAAGGGCCUGGCACCCUGGAGUCACUCAGGCCCUUCCCAGGGACAUCAGGGAAGAACCAUUCCAAGAAAUAUGAGUGGGGAAGACACCACAAGAGGCAGGGCAGGGCACAAAGGCAGAAGAAAAAGCUGACCAGGAAUGAGCCAGCAACCUCAAGAGGCCAUCAGAGGAGAUCCAGGCCAUAUCGAAAGCCUCCUGCAGAGGUUAAAGCUGAGCCCAGAAAGAGCCUAUUUACCUGUCGUGUGUGCAGAGAAGAAUUCAAGGUGCAAAGAGACCUGAUAAGCCACCACUGGAUGGUUCAUAAGAGACAGGAACUGUAUCACUGUAGCGAGUGUGGGGAAAGCUUUAGGAGAAAGAAGGAGUUCAGAGCACACGGAAAAGCUCACAGAAAGAAGAGAGACCAUCCCUGUUCUGAAUGUGGGAAGAUAUUCCACCAGUUAUCACUGCUCACUGCCCACCAGAGAAUCCACACUGGAGAGAGACCUUAUCAUUGUGCUGAGUGCGGAAAAAGAUUCUUAUACUUAUCAGCUUUUACCAUCCACAAGAGAGUCCACUCAGGAGAGAGACCCUAUGCCUGCGCUGAGUGUGGAAAGCAAUUUAUGGAUUCGUCAACAUUUCGUAAUCACCAGAGAAUCCACUCAGAAAAGAGACCCCAUCGCUGUAGCCAGUGUGGGAAAGGCUUCAAACUUACAUCAAAUCUUACUCGGCACCAGAAAAUCCACAGUGAAGAGAGACCCUUCUUGUGCCAUGAGUGUGGGAAAAAAUUUUGCCUACGAGAACAUCUGAUCAGACAUCAGAGGAUCCACACUGGGGAGCAGCCCCAUUGCUGUGCUGAGUGUGGGAAAAAAUUCAGUCUCCUUCAGAGUCUCAGGAGACACCAGGAAACUCAUAUUACGGGGAGACUCCAUCGCUGUGCUGAGUGUGGGAAAGUAUUCCGUCAUCCAGACAGUCUCUCUAAACACCAGAGAGUGCACACUGGGAAACUCCAUCGCUGCACUGACUGUGGAAAAGGCUUUGUCUAUAUGCAUCAUCUCACUCGCCACCAGAGAAUCCACACUGGAGAGAAACCCUAUUGCUGCACUGAGUGCGGGAAAAGUUUCACCCAACUGUCAGGCCUUACCAACCACCUGAGAAUCCAUUCAGGAGAGCGACCCUAUCCCUGCACGCAGUGUGGGAAGUGCUUUGCUCACUCAUCAUCUCUCACUGAACAUCUGAAAAUCCAUUCAGGAGAGCGACCAUAUUCCUGCAUUCAGUGUGGGAAGCACUUUGCUCGCUCAUCAUCUCUUACUCAGCAUCAGAGAACUCACUCAGGAGAGCGACCAUAUUCCUGCACUGAGUGUGGGAAGCGCUUUGCUCGCUCAUCAUAUCUUACUAAACACCAGAGGCGGUUCCGUUCGGUCGGUUCCUCUGGCCUGUGCCACGGGGGCUGGGACCGGCCCGCUCGGGACACCGGGCUCGGCGCCGGGCUGGGGCCGCUGCACACACCGGCGAUGGGAGGCGCGGGGGGAGGCUGCGCUGAGUCCAUGUCGCUGACGUUUGAGGAUGUGGCCAUGUAUUUCUCCCCAGCGGAGUGGGCGCUGCUGGGCGAGGAGCAAAGACAACUUUACAAACACGUUAUGUGGGAAAAUUACCAGACUCUGGUCUCGUUAGGAAUCCAAACCCCCAAGCCAGUGGUGAUCUCCAGCAUAGAGCGAGGGGAAGAGCUUUGUGUCCAGGGUCCCACAGAAGAUGAAGAUGAGGACGUCCUGAGUGGCACCCGCCCAGGUUUUCCAGAUACAGAAGAGACCUGGGACUGGUCAGCAAUUGAAAGCUCCUUGGGCUUCUUCCUCACACAAAGCUCUUCCCCUAGAACAGCAGGGGCGAGGAACCUGAGCAGGGCUGAGGGGCAGACUCCUGAGGAAGGGCGUGGCAACCUGGAGCCACUCAGGCCUUUCCCAGGGACAUCAGGGAAGAAGCAUUCCAAGAAAUCUGAGCGGGGGAGACCCCACAAGAGGCAGUGCAGGCUCCAAAGGCAGAGGAAAAAUCUGAUCAGGAACAAGCCAGCAACCUCAAGAGGCCAUCAGAGGAGAUCCAGGCCAUAUCUAAAGCCUCUUGCAGAGGUUAAAGCUGAGCCCAGAAAGAGCCUAUUUACCUGUCGUGUGUGCAGAGAAGAAUUCAAGGUGCAAAGAGAUCUGAUAAGCCACCACUGGAUGGUUCAUAGGAGACAGGAACUGUAUCACUGUAGCGAGUGCGGGGAGAGCUUUAGGAGAAAGAAGGAGUUCAGAGCACAUGGGAAAGCUCACAGAAAGAAGAGAGACCAUCCCUGUUCUGAAUGUGGGAAGAUAUUCCACAAGUUAUCAUAUCUCACUGCCCACCAGAGAAUACAUACAGGAGAGAGACCCUAUUGCUGUGCUGAAUGUGGAAAAAGAUUCUUCCAUAUAUCAGCACUUAACAUCCACAAGAGAGUCCACUCAGGAGAGAGACCCUAUGCCUGCCCUGAGUGUGGAAAGCGAUUUAUGGAUUCAUCAACAUUUCGUAAUCAUCAGGCAAUCCACUCAGAAAAGAGACCCCAUCGCUGUAACCAAUGUGGGAAAGGCUUCAAAGUUAUAUCAAGUCUUACUAGACACCUGAAAAUCCACAGCGAAGAGAGACCGUUCUUGUGCCAUGAGUGUGGGAAAAAAUUUUGUCUACGAGAACAUCUGAUCAGACAUCAGAGGAUCCACACUGGAGAGCAGCCCUAUUGCUGUGCUGAGUGUGGGAAAAAAUUCAGUCUCCUUCAAAGUCUCAGGAGACACCAGGAAACCCACAAUAUGGGGAGACUCCAUCGCUGUGCUGAGUGUGGGAAAAUAUUCCGUCAUCCAGACAGUCUCUCUAGACACCAGGGAGUCCACACUGGGAAACUCCAUCGCUGCACUGACUGUGGAAAAGGCUUUGUCUAUAUACAUCAUCUCAAGAGCCACCAGAGAAUCCACACUGGAGAGAAACCCUAUUGUUGCACUGAGUGCGGGAAAAGUUUCACCCAAUUGUCAGGCCUCACCAACCACCUGAGAAUCCAUUCAGGAGAGCGACCCUAUCCCUGCACGCAGUGUGGGAAGCGCUUUGCUCACUCAUCAUCUCUCACUGAACAUCUGAAAAUCCAUUCAGGAGAGCGACCAUAUUCCUGCAUUCAAUGUGGGAAGCACUUUGCUCGCUCAUCGUCUCUUACUCAGCAUCAGAGAACCCACCCAGGAGAGCGACCAUAUUCCUGCACUCAGUGUGGGAAGCGCUUUGCUCGCUCAUCAUAUCUUACUAAACACCAGAGCACCCACUCAGAAUAGAGAUGCCUGACCCUUGUGUUUGAUGGAGGGGAACCUCUUCAAUCUCUCACUUCACCCUGUUCCCAAAGCCUGUAAAAGAAAGACAACUUGCUCCCACUCUGAAAUGUUCCCACCUCUUCUGUAAGCAGACAUGAGUUUAGGUGCUGGGUUUGUUAAAAUAAUUUGUAUGGUCCUGGAGAUGGGAGCAUUUAAGCCAAGAGGUACUGAAACAUUCCAUUGUGGGCAUUAUGGGCUGCAGCUAAGAGAGAUGACUGGAGCCAAGACUGCACUUUGGAGGCCGUGGUUUAUCACAAGCCGUUUGUGCACUGCGGCUCCCAUCCUCUCAGGCUCCACCAAUUGAAGUAAUUGUUUUAUUUCUUCUGGGAUUUUUCUGUUUGGAAAAAGGAAUAAUGGGUAAAGAUUCUGGCAGAGACUGAAAAGGAGCUUUCGUCUCCAUAGUUAAUGAAAGGUUGUGACAUCCCUUGUGUGCCCCUCAUAGUACUGAAUCAAAAGGAAGGUUGUUUUGAUUUGGCUUUGAGAGAAAAUUAUGAAUCAAGCUGUCUUAGUAGUUGGCUUCAUGCAGAAUGCAGCCAGGGUCCUGUCUUCACACCUAAUUGCCUGGCAAGCAAUACCAGCUAGGACCGGAAGGUUGGAGAUCGGAGUUUCCGGAUAAACAAACAGCAUGCCAUUUGGUUAUGGCCUGCCUUCUUUAUCAUCUUGAUGGUACGUGCAAAUGCUUGACAUCUAUGGAUGCUGCUGUCAUGAUCAGGGUUGACUACAUCACUUACCCAUCAUCUGAUUCAUUGUGCCAUCAGAAGUCAUCCACCAAAAAAAAGGCAAGGGCAGGGAUGAGAGAUGUCAGUUACUUCCUAUUAUAAUGGCUUUUUUUUUUUUAAUAACUCAAAUUUGUGUUCCUGGAUGAGUUAGUGGCACUGUAAUGCCACCUAGGGCUUGUCUACACUAGGGCUUAUCACUUACCAGAACACUCAUCCACAUCCCUGCAUGAUGUAAAAUAUACUAUCCUAAGCACUGGUGUAAACUGAGCUAUGUUGAUGGGAGAGUUUCCCUGCCAACAUAGCCAUCGCCUGUCAUAGAGGUGGAGGUGUUCUGCUGACAGGCAAGCUCUCUCCCAUUGGGUUAGAGCGUCUUGAAUGAUAGCUUGGUGUCUUGAACACUAGUGGGAGCUGUUGCACUUAGGGCUUGUCUACACUACCCGCUAUCUCAGCGGGCAGCAAUCGAUCCAGAGGAGGUCGACACCAGUACACCACCAGAACGAGGAGCGCAAGUGCAGUUGAUGAGAGUUACCGCGGUGUCAACUUCAGCUACGCUAUUCACAUAGUUGAAGUUGCGGUAUCUUAGAUCAACCCUGCGUGGUAGUGUAGACAAGCCUUGACAGGUACCCGGAUCUCAGCCUUGACACCAAGUGGCAAGGAGUGCAGGAAAAUCUCUCUGGGCAACUUUGCUCUGCUUUGCAGGCUGGGACUCAGGUUUGCCGCUUGUUGUAGGUGUUUUCUGUAAACAACUCUUGGAGUUGCAGUCCCAGCCCAGAGUGUGACAUGGGUAUGAAACAUCUAGGGGUCAUGGGGCAGGGACAGAGGUGGGAUCCUGCAUGGGAACAGGGAGCCCAGAGAGCAUUGUUUCAGGAGAGAGAUUCCUAAAUAGAGAGGGAGAGAUAUUAGUCCCAGCAACAUCCACAGUUCAAACUGAGCAGCAGUACUGGGCCAUUGUCUCCCCAUUCCUUAAGUUGGGGUAAUUUGUGGCCAUUCUUCUCUGUCAGAGGGCGAUGAUGAGAUGGGACUUUAUAUCACUGUUGUCUCGUCAUUCCUGGAGGGAGUAAAAUAAUACAAGAGAAAUAUGAGUCUGAAAUGGCUGCACUGCCGUGUGUGUAAGUGAAGAUCUGCAAUCUUCCCUGCAGUGCUGACUUUAUGUUCCAGUCACUCCUGGGAGAUGAUGUUGGGGAGAAGCAGCCAUCCUGCCUUUCUUUCUGGAGCUGGUUAUGCCAGCUGCAGUUCAGCUCAGUUGUAAUCUGCUUUUAACCAUUAUUUCUACUGAAGAAAUGGGGGUGUAAGAACUCUGAAAGAGUUAAAAUCAUCCAGAAAACUCUGUGCUCAUGCUAAGCUUUAUUGUACAAAUUUACUAGUAGUUCAGUUUGUUCUAACCUUUGUUCAUUGUAUAUGCGACAUCUGUCAGACGCAAAAUGUAUGCUCUGUUAAGGUUUGCUAAAUAUGAACUGUGUGCUAGGUACAGUUGGUGCAAAUAUUUCUAUGGUUUUAUGCUACUUGUGUGCUGUGGUUUACUACCAGCUAAACUGUUGUGUGCAUAAUUAGAUAAGAAAAGGUGUGUAAGGUCUGCGGAAUCUGGAAUUUUCUGUCUUGUAAAUGAGGAGAAUACAAAUAUGAGCAAAACUGAGCUCAUAGUUUAGAACAGAGUGAAGAGGUAUCUGCUGCAAAACAUUUCUCCAGAGUGAGUACAUAGUUACCUUUUUGUAUUACUGUGACAGUAAAAGAAUAAGUGGACACAAAUCCGAUAUCAGGAAUUACAACAUUCAAAAACCAGUCGGAGAACACUUCAGUCUCUCUGGUCACUCGAUUACAGACCUAAAAGUCGCAAUUCUUCAACAAAAAAACUUCAAAAACAGACUCUAACGAGAGACUGCUGAAUUGGAAUUAAUUUGCAAACUGGACACCAUUAAAUUAGGCUUGAAUAAAGACUGGGAGUGAAUGUGUCAUUACACAAAGUAAAACUAUUUCCCCAUGUUUAUUUUUUCCCCCUACUGUUUCUUAUACGUUCUUGUCAACUGCUGGAAAUGGCCCACCUUGAUUAUCACUACAAACGGUGUUUUUUUUCUCUCUCCUGCUGGUAAUAGCUCACCUUACCUGAUCACUCUCUUUACAGUGUGUAUGCUAACACCCACUGUUUCAUGUUCUCUGUGUAUAUAAAAUCUCUGCACUGUAUUUUCCACUGCAUGCAUCCAGUGAAGUGAGCUGUAGCUCACGAAAGCUUAUGCUCAAAUAAAUUGGUUAGUCUCUAAGGUGCCACAAGUUCUCCUUUUCUUUUUGCGGAUACAGACUAACACGGCUGCUACUCUGAAACCUGUGACAGUCUGUACCUCUAUGUUCACCCCUCCUCAGGUUAAUGAUCAAUUUUGUACAAAGUAUGCCUUUUGAAGUAUUAUUAGAAAACUCAUAAUGUGCUGAACAUUGUUGUCUUGUGAAAAUAUGGGAGGCAACAUUCUAUGUAAAGUUAUAUGAUUCUACUGUAUGAUGUUACUUAGACAUGUCGUAGUUCUAGAGAAAACCCACAGACCAGUUCCUCAGAGACAAAAAGGCAGACUGACCCCUCAGCCAAAUAUUAGCUGAAUCGAAUGGACUUUUACCUGGUAAAGUGGCUGUUAUUUGGCUAGGGGAAAGGGUGUGAGUGAGAAAUCUGCAUUUUAACAAAGGAACAGCUUAAGAUUUCUGUCUAGACAGACCGUAUGUCUCCUAAAACUUGGCUGGGGAUGGUUCUUUCAUAAGAGAAUGAACUAUAAGAAAGGGGAAGAGGUGCCCCCGAAUAGUCUUCUCUUUCUCUCUGCUCAUGGCAUCAAUGACACCUGAAAGACAAAGAAAGUAACACCUCACCUGGGGAGGGUCCCAAGCUGAAAGGAUUCCCGCCAAUAAAACUAAUACAAUAGGUGGUGAGAGAGACUUUUGCUUUGAAUCCAUUUAGCUAGUUACUUUAGAUAUUAGUUGUGUUUUACCUUUUAUUUUAUAACUAAUCCUGACUUUUAUGCCUCAUUACUUGUAAUCACUUAUAAUCUUUUUUCUGUAGCUAAUAAACUUGUUUUAUUGUUUCAUCUAAAA